UGGACCAAGUCAAGGCCACAACCUUCUUCUCCAUCGGACAGGCAACAAUAGCAAGAAAUUUGUAGUAUUUGUGCAUUCCACCUCUGCAAUGGACGGGCUUCUAUUUCUAUCAAGCGUUCUGCUGACUCUAAUGAACUCCAAAAAUGAAGCAUUAGUCAUUCCUCGUACUGGCAGCAGUUGUCCAAACAACGUUAUUUGUCCAUCAUAUAUCGUCAUCAGGGAUAAAUCAACGAACGGCUACGAGUACCGACGCUACGACGAGUCAAAAUGGAUUGGUACCAAUCACAUUGCCAUGACAUUGACCCCUGAAGAUGAGCUAAUCAUGCGCAGACGCCUGGACACUUACUUCGUCGGAGGAAAUGCUGAGCGUGCUACAAUAGACCGGACCCUCCCCGUCACCCUGAGGGUGGCGCCAAACAGUCCCCCAGAUGGGCGAUCCGUAUUCGUUAUGUUACGCAUGCUACCCCCCGCCAUCCACCACAACACUCCCGCACCAACAGCAGAUUCUGUCUUCAUCCAGGAAGUACCGCCCUUUAACGCUUUUGUCAGACGCUUUCCUGGACGUUUAUCUUUCUCAAAACGUCGACAGAAGAUUACUAGUCUCAAGAACGACAUCGGGGACACUUCCCGCUACUACCAAGAAUAUUUCCUAUUGUCGGAGUUUGAAUCCAAUACAGCUGGUGACGUCAAUAAUGAGGCGUGGCUUAUAUCCACGGAACACGUGCUACAGAACGUGUAAUACUUGCCCAUUAUGUCCAGUUCCACAGCUGUAUUUUUCCUCCAUCUAGUUUUGUUGUAUGACCGACUUAAAUUCAUGUUACAUACACCAAUCUCAAAAUUCAUAGUUCUGUAUACUGUAUACAGAGAAGCUUGAGCUCGGUCAAACGUUAGCCCUUCACCGUUAAAAUUACCUUUUGCCUAGUGUUAAUUUCGCCAUUAACAUUUAUGUAUAUCAAACUGCCUACUUGAUUUAUACAUAUUUUAUUUGCAUAAAAAAUUUACAUUGGGAUUGAAGUUUUCUAACUUAUAUAAAGCCCUUUCCCACUGCCUACUUAUAUUCGCUGUUAUGAUAAAUUCGACCUCAUUAAUGAGGGCGGAAAAGGCGAAAGUUUAACUUCGGCGGAAAUUUCUCGGUAUAUAGAAUUGUUUUUAUACAUUGUAUAUAAGUUGAACAUAAAAAUAACCACAUA